AUGUUGAUUACUCUAGAAUGCGUUAUACUUGCGUUACAGGCGGUUGCUGCAGUUCGACUUGCAUUACAUCCACCAGUUGGAAUUGACAGUCAAUCAAGCAAUAGGCUAUCAAAACGAUCACCUGUUGAAUUGGGUGGUGAUAUUAACAAAUGUUUCACAAUGAAAUUUAAUGUUCAUGGAGUCAAUUUGGAUUUGCAAGUCAAUUCAGCAAUGUCUGAUAUAAUCGUACCACUUCCUAGUUCAAGCAAUGAUGUGAGUUUGGCUCCGCAACACACUCCAAGUGGGGAACCCGUUACUAUAAAGUACAAAGGCGAUGAUUAUAACGGAGUUAGUUCCGAUGCAGUUGUGACGAUUCCAGGUACUAGGAUAACUGACAUCAAUUUACCAGUAGUUGCAGUUGAAAAACAGUCGCCAGAUAUAGUUGGUAUUAGUUCAAAGUUUGAUGGAGUAUUUGGGUUUGCCUAUACCUUGUUGUCAAAGCAUCAUCCACCAGCCACUGCGAUGGAUGUUUUGUACAAUCAUGGUGUCAUUCCCAAUAACGAGAUUGGUCUUCAACUAUGUCCGUAUGAUAUUCUGCAGGAAAGUUUCAUCAAUAUAGGAAAUACGGACGUAACUGAAAAAUGCGGAACGGAUGGAACAAGUGUUGCAUGGGUAAACUCACCAACAAAUGAUCAUCAUACUGUCAACAUCAAGAGUAUACUAGUCAAUGGCAAACGAGUGGAGCUGCCCGAUGAAUUCCAAAAAAAGGUGGAACAUGAACGUACUUUGUACUCCGUUGUGGAAACAUGUUGUACAUACAUGCAUUUCCCUAGAGUAGUCGUGGAAACGCUGAUUGAUGCUAUUGUUGGUAGUGGUGCAAUUACUAUCAAAAAUAAUAUGCUUAGGCGCGAGUUUAACCAAGAAGAUGUUGAUGACAUAUUUUGGAAACACCGUCUAAUGAUUAGAUCCAAUCUUGAUAUCAAUUGGGGCAGGAUGCCGUCGCUUUCGAUUACAAUGUUUGCUCAAACCCCCGUGACUGUUGAAAAUCGCAAUUCUGUUGUAACGAUCAAACUGGGUCCCAAAAAUUAUAUACAGAGAGUUGAUUCCAAACAUGUUGUGUUUGCUGUACAAGCUGGUUCAAAUGAAAAAGCAAUUCUCGGUAUGUCAUUUAUGACCCGACUUGGAUUGACAUUUGAUCGAACACAUAAACGCAUUGGGUUUGGUCCUGGAUGUGGAUGUGAAGUCAUGGCCGAUGGAUAUCCUACUAUUUCAAACGGUUAUCAAGUGCUCUGGCCAUCAUCACAUGUUAGAUUGCCUGAACAACCAAGUACUUCAGAUUCAGAUGGUGCAUUUAUUCGCAGAAGAAAACCAAUAACUACAACUGAUCAAGUAGCUGUACCUGAAUACACUCACCACACUGUCAAGAGUUACAAACAGACUCUCAAUAAACUCGACUGA